UUCGCGCCAUCCGCGUGUCUCGGCAUUGUGGGAUAGCAUCAGGAGGUCAUCGGAGCUCCGGGUCAACUCCGUGUUUUAUUAAAACACCUUUCUUUGGACAUUUACGGAUUUUAACGGAUUCCAGCAAUGCGUGGAGAUGAAACGGAUUCGGAGUCCGUUAAAUCAGCCGAUGGUUCGAUUCGGAGCAAUCUCGAGGCGCUUUGUCAAGAGCUCAAUAUGGACGAAGAGACGGCAGCAGAAGCGCUUGAGAACUUCAGCUCGAUCUGGAACACGUACACGCUAGAGGGUGAUGUCGUUCACUGGCUGGCCUGCUCUCUGUAUGCUGCCUGUAGGAAGAGCUCAAUCCCCACUGUGGGACGGGGUGUGAUGGAGGGCAACGGCGUUUCCCUUACAAGGAUCCUGCGCUCGGCGAAGCUCAGUUUGAUUCAGUUCUUCAGCAAGAUGAAGAAAUGGUCAGACAUGUCGAACCUCUCUCAGGAUUUCCGCAGCCGCAUAGGUCGACUAGAACGCAAUUUCGAAGUGUCGACUGUGAUUUUUCGGAAAUUUGAGCCAAUAUUUCUGGACAUGUUUCAGAAUCCUCAGGUUGAACCUCCCCGGAUGCCUAGAAGCCGCAAACACCGGCGUCUUCCAUGCCACGUCAGUGAUGUCUUCAAGUUCUGUUGGACUCUGUUUGUGUAUACAAAAGGCAAUUUCCGUAUGAUAGGAGAUGACCUGGUCAAUUCGUAUCACCUCCUGCUCUGCUGUCUGGACCUGGUGUUUUGCAACGCCCUCAUGUGCUCCAACAAGAAAGAUCUCAUCAAUCAAUACUUCAGAGGACUGCCGAAGGAUACAGAAAACUUGGAGGAAAUACCCUGUGUCAUUGACAAGUUGUGUGAGCUGCAUGAUGGGUUGGUGGUGGAGGCCAAAGGCAUAAAGGAGCACUACUUCAAACCCUACAUAAAGACACUGUUUGAGAAAAGAAUAUUAAAAGGUGAUGCUGAGACUCUGACUGAGUUGCUGGAUACCCCAAAUUUCCAAGACAACAAUAAAUCCAUAAAUCGUGAGUAUGAGGAAUAUGUUUUGACUGUGGGGGAUUUCGACGAGCGGGUGUUUCUGGGAGCUGACGCAGACGAGGAGAUCGGCACACCUCGCAAGGCCACCGCCGAGCCUCCAUCAGGUCAACUAUCCGCCCGCAUGCACGUGGAGAACCACCUUCAGCAGCACUUUGAGAAGACGCGUUCCCUUGCUCCGUCUACGCCUCUAACGGGUCGACGGUAUCUGAAGGAGAAAGAGGUGCUGGUCACCCCCGUUUCCUCAGCUACCCAAAGUGUGAGUCGACUGCAGAGCAUGGUGUCCGGCCUCCGAAACGCUCCGAGUGAUGCUCUGGUUCAAAUCUUUAAUUCCUGCUCUCGAAAUCCCACUGAGUCCAUUCUGAACCGAGUGAAGACCAUGGGAGAGAGGUUUAAACAGGCCUACACCAAACCCACAGAUGACCUGCCAGGAGCACAUAUGGAUUUUGCAGAGAAUCGUCUGAAGCUGGCGGAGAUCUUGUACUUUAAGAUCCUGGAGAACAUCAUGACUCAAGAGAUGAAGAGAUUACAAGGGAAAGACAUGGCGGUCCUGUUGGAGCAGGAGGUGCUCCAUUGCUCUCUGUUGGCGUGCUGUCUGGAGGUGGUGCUGUUCGCGUACAGCUCUCAAAGAACAUUCCCCUGGAUACUAGAAAUCUUUCAGAUCCCACCAUUCUACUUUUACAAGGUGAUCGAGGUGUUCAUCCGCUCCGAGGAGGGUUUGUCCCGAGACAUGGUGAAGCAUUUGAACAGUAUAGAGGAGCAGGUGCUGGAAAGCAAAGCCUGGACCAGAGACUCGGCCCUGUGGACGGCACUCAAUAACGCUAAUAAUAAAGUCCCCACUGUAGAAGAGGUGAAUUUUCCCAGUAAUUUUGACACGGGCAACAAUUCAGGCGGUCCCACUCACCUCCCGUUGGUGGCGCUAUCUCCCAUCGUCCACCCUCGCAUCAGGGAGGUCCGCACAGGCCUGGGCUCCAGCGCACGCAAAGAUGUCCCUCAGUCUCCCAUCUAUCUCCACGACCGCUACAGCUCACCUGCAGCCGGCAGCGCUAAGAGACGCUUGUUUGGUGACGAUCCUCCUCCACAGUCCCCAGUGAAAAGAAUCUCAGUCACUCCCAUCAAAAUCAUUCCCAGCAGCACAGAAAACAACCAGAACACCAGCACAACGACCGUCCUCUCCAUGGCCACAGGAAACGGCCAGCAGCUCACAAUUCCACUGCCAGUGGUAAAGAACCAGACGGGCGGCAUCACAGUCAUCCAACUUCAGGCCAAUGAUAUGCACCCCCUCACCGCUCAGUUCUUACUGACCACCUCCCCCAGCCGAACCGCAGCUCCACCCGCCAGCUCCGACACACAGCCACCGGCCGUCAACAAACCCCGGCGCACUGGAUCCCUCGCCCUCUUCUUCAGGAAGGUGUAUCAUUUAGCCAGCGUGCGUCUGCGAGACCUGUGUCUGAAGCUGGACAUCUCAUCGGAGCUGCGAGGGAAGAUCUGGACGUGUUUUGAGCACUCGCUGCUGCACUGCACUGACCUGAUGAAGGACCGGCACCUGGACCAGCUGCUGCUCUGUGCCGUCUACAUUAUAUCAAAGAUCACAAAACAAGAGCACACUUUUCAGGACAUUAUGAAAUGCUACCGAACCCAACCUCAAGCCAACAGUCACGUGUACCGCAGUGUUUUACUGAAGAGGAGGCCCAGAGAACAGCAGACAGAUGAGAACAUGGAAGUGGAUCCGCCGGCAGAACAGUGUAAGGAUAAAUGUCCUAAAUCUUUCUUUAUCCUUUUUUUUUUUUUUUUAUUGCAUUUUAAAAUAUUUGUAUUUAUUUGUUUGUUUACAGCCAAUGAGAGGACGGAACAGGCAAACACAACAGAGGCUGACAGCGAAUCAGAGGAAAGAGGAGACCUCAUCCAGUUCUACAACUCUGUUUAUGUGCUAAAGAUGAAAUCGUUCGCUCUCAAAUAUGCACAUUCCACACUUGAUAAUAAGAUGGAGGCUCCUCCGUUAUCUCCGUUCCCGUCGGUUCGUUCCCAGCCCCUCUCUCCUCGCCGUAUAUCUCAGAGACACUCCAUCUUUGUCUCUCCUCAUAAAAACAGCUCAAGUCUCACACCCAGUAAUGCUUACACGUACAAGUUCACUGGCAGCCCAUCAAAGGAGCUGAGUGACAUAAACCAGAUGAUCCGUCAGGGUGGGGUGAGCAAGAAGCGGGCGUUCACCAUGGAAGGUGAUGAGACUGAGUCUCCAUCUAAAUGCCUGCGGCAAGAGAACGACGACGUGCUUCUCAAACGCCUGCAGGAUGUGGUCAGCGAGAGAGCGAGUCUCUAAGCUGUGGGAUGCCCGGUCUCCUAACAGACCCAAUAUAAAGCCAAAAACUCUUCCUGUGUGCUGCUCAACGACUCCAGGAUGUAGAGAGAUGCGACAAUCAGUCUCUUAUCUGUUCAGAAUCCAGCACAUUAAUUAUGUCACCAAACAGUAGCAAAGCCAAAAAUCAUGACAGAUUUUUUGUUUUAUAUUACACCAGGAUUUUUGAAUAUCAGGGAGAUUGGUAUAAACUUAAUAGUUUUAUACCGAAUCAUGUAUCAUGUUUUUCAUGAUGCUCCGCAUGCUUUCAUAAGUAAAUUCUUACGUUUUUACAGAGAUAUUCUGUAUCUGUUGUUUUCUCAAUCAAGUGACCCGUUUCUCCGGUAGAAUCUCCCAUGAUCUCCCAGAUAUAUUAGUGAUUUUUAUUUCAUUUUAAUCAAGUGAUUUACUGGCACAAUGCACUGGACAAAUUGAAUCUUUUUAAUUUUUUCGUUUUGAUUUAAGUGUGGUUUUUGGUGAACCUGCCAGUGGUCGCAUUAGUUUUGCAACAAUCCUGCAGUUUUUUAUUCAGAUGCAUGUUAUCUACACCUCUCUAUUAAUUGUAAUGUUUCUCUUUAGAGUUUAAUAUUUAGUAUUUUCUCCAAACAGUGUUCCGUUUCCUGAAAUGGUCAUGUUUUCAGUGCAUUUAACAUUUUUUCCAUCUUCUGGCUCAUGUGGUGUACAAAUAACUUUUUCAACACUGUUUGUUAAACAGUGAUACAGCUAUACUUGUAUCAUUUGGUUCAGCUCAUGUUAUUUCAUUAACAUUAAUUGGUCACAUGCUCGAUGAGGUCGAAGUGAAAGGUGUGUCCUUUGAAUCAUGUGAUCAGUGCUAUAGUAUCUGUAUUUCUCAGUAUUGUCGGUUAAUUUGGGAUUGCAGUUUUAUUCUUGUACAAAUGUUUAGUUUAUCCAUUGUUCUUUUGCCUUCAUCUAACUCCAUCUCUGAUGUCCAACACUGUUGAUCUCUUUGCAGUUGGUGCUUUGUAUAUUCUCUGAAAUACUUAUUUUAUAUCUGUUUAUACAAACUCCAUAUUUUAAGCUCCACCUUUUUCCGCAAAACAAUGCUCAUGUACUGUUUGUAAUUUAGCUUUAUUGUAAUUGUUGGUUUAAUCAAUCAGCUGUUCGGCAGUGAGUGCCUUAGCAUGUACAUAACAAUAAAAUGUAUCCAUUCUCAAA